AUGAAGGCUGGAGGCAAAGGCGGGGAGGUGCCUCGACCGCUGCGGCAACUGCUGCGCCGCCUCCCUGUAGGACGCUCAACCGUCUACCUUAACGAGCUGCACCCCCAUACUCAGCAACUUUUUCUCAAAGAAUGCAUGGAGGCGGAGGACCAACGGCGCCGGGGCUGUGCGAACGCUGUCAGAGGCGUUCGUGCUCUGCGAGAGGACGUGAACAUGCACCCCGCCGCACGGUUUGCGAGAAUGAGUGAGACGGAGGCAUCGCAGCAGAGCGGAGACACACAGCGCUGCACAUCGGUACCCGUACUAGAUCACAUGGAGUCGGUGCUCGANCUGCCGCAGGGGUCGAGUGGGCAGUUGGACGCAUAUCGAGCGCCCCACCCCCCUUUGCUUGGAAAGCCGCAUUUAUUCCUUUUAGCGCUGCCACGCGGCAUGCUCGAGAGAAGAGAGAGACAUGGCGUUUGCCGUCAGCGCUCUGUGGAGGCGGUGCUUCAGGAGCAUCUCGUGCAUGUGAAUAGGACGCUGUAUUGGCGGCAAGCAGCGCCACAGCUGAUUAAGGCGAAUUGUGCGGUGGGUGAUGCCCCUGACGUCAUGCUACAGGCCAUAUGGGGCUGCACCAUUCCGCAGGCGCGUCAGGCAGCAGAAGUUGCUGCGGCACAUGGCUACCGUGCCUUUCUCCUCGGCUACGCGCGACAGCCGCUCCUGCUGAAUGGGGGACUAACAGUGCGGGAGUUGGGCAACUGGUGCCCUAACGCCUUCCGUAGUUUUCUCUUGGACGUGCGCUCAGUAGAGCGGCCCAAGUCCUCGUUGUGUACGACUGAACGACUACAGCUGCUGGAGGAGGCGCAGCGUGGCUUCUUCACCAUCAGUGAGGAUGAGAGGAAUGACAUACACACCGAUGGCGGCAGCACUAGCAACAGCAAGAACAACAACAGUGGUCCUGUGCAGAGUUCUGGCAAGGAGGCGUCACAGGCGGAAUGUGCGUCGCCAUUUGCCGUUGCAGAGUUGAUCGUGGAUGCGAAGCGUGAUGCUCUCGUGCAGUGGUCACAAGUCCGGGACAAUCCCCUCACUGCGCGUCUUUUUGAGGCUCUAUACGAUCGGCGCCAUUUCUGCGUCGCCGAUGCAGUGCUGCACGCGUCGUUGCGCGUUGUGCUGCCGUUUCUCCUCGGCGAAGUCGUAUCGCCACCAACUGGUGUGUCUGGGAGUAGCGGAGAAGAUGACGUCGCCCCCCUAACGAAGUUGCUGCGUUGGUCCGAGCUGCACACACUUUUGCGUUGGCAUUACUUUGAGCCCGUCUUCGGCUCCUUGUCGCGGAUUGCGCGGGCGGAGGAAAUCGCUGCGGUGGGUGGGGGCGCAGAUCCGUACAUUCUCCCCCUGCACGACGCCUUUGUCGCACGGUUCUUGCUCCCUCGCAUGCGUGAGUAUUACCACCGCAAUAAUCCAUGCAGCAGCAGCAGCAGCAGCCGCGAGGUGCUCGCUGCCACUCAGAACAGGGGCGCUGCUGCACUGACGCCACCUACCGGCACUGUUGGUGUCCUUGACUGCUUCAACAGCAUGGUGAGCGAGCGAUACGGCGGCGGUGGAGAAACGACGGCGGAGGGGCGGGCAAGCGUGAGUGAGAAUGGGGAGGGGCUGAUUGAUGAUGGCUGUUCCACUAGGGUGUACCAUGUGUACUUCACGUUGGAGGACCUGCCGAGUCUGGUGAAGUAUCUGCUGUACUUCGACCAGCACUUUGUAAUUGCCAGCAGUGGCACGAACGUUACCUUUUCUCUCGCGUGA